AUGUCUUAUUGGGGAAACGAAGAACAAGACGAUCCGUGGAAGUCCUACGGUAAUAACCCUUCAUAUUCUUUCGGAGAUCCGCACGCACAAACGGCUUCUUCAUUGAAUCCUUGUCAAACUCCGGUAUCACAGAGUCCUUCAUGGAACGCUCCCACAACACCAGCGCCACCACUUACACCAACAACACAAGCUUUUCCGGCUGCUACUUUGGGAGCACCUACGGCCAUUCAACCCUCUCUCUCUCAACAAGGAUUUUCAGCACCAUCACCACACGUGCCGUAUCAAGCAGCAGAUAGAAGCGGUGAGCAGCUGAAAGGAAUAGCUGUCCUCAUAAUCAUCAUCGUGGUUAUAUUGGUGAAUGUUAUCCGAGCAAUAACUACAGUUCAGCAGCAGUGA